CGAACGAAAAAGUCGAAUACGACGCUGCGUUUCUUUGCGUGUUGGUUUUCCCUAUCCUCAAUCCAAAUCUCUCAAUUCGUGUCCGCGCUACUGAAAACUGAAAACCCAAAGAAGCAGCAAUAUCACUCGGAGCAGCAGCAGCAGCAGCAGCAAUAGCUACAGCAGCAACAUCACUUGCAGUAGCGGUAGCGGCAGCAGCAGCAGCAACAAAAUCAAAACACGUUUUACACCCGCACAUUGAAACGUAUUUUUCACAUAAACAAGGAUUUAGUUCCCAACCAAAAACCAUACAAAUUGGUUUUAAUUUCCAUAAAUAUUUGUGCUUGUGUUUUUGAAUGAAAGUGUGUAACCAAAAAUAAGGAAAUUUCCCUUAUAAAUAUUAAUGUGUUUUAUUGAAUAUUUGUGUCUUUUACUUUGAAGCCGGUUUCGUUUUUGUGUCGAUAUUUUGCAUUGUUAAUUACAAUUUACGUUCAUCAAGUGGAAACAAUCACAACAGAUUGAAAGACAAUUUCAAAAUAAGGAAAACAUCGGAACUUGACAAAAAAAGCUUCUGAAUUGGUUUUGCCGCAUCUCAACGUGUUUGUUUGGUGGUAAUGUGAUCGGCGAUUUUCGGGAGCAAUUAGAAGACCAAAUAAAAGGACAAAGAACUGGGAGGAGAGCAGCUUACCCACUGGAAAAGUGAAGGCUGAAAAAAGGACCAUUCGCACACUGUGGCCAGCGGAGGAGGAGGAAAUCGAACCGAAUGCAGUAUCUCAACUACGCUCUGCAGACAUCCACGCGACUGCUGACGUACCAGGGCCCGAACCAGGAUCUCUAUCCUGACCAGACCGGACUAGCAUCCGCCCACGAGGAGGACAUCAAGCACGCCUGCUGCAGUCGCGGCGCCCAGCUGCUCAGAUUGCGCCACCGGGAGCUGGCCAAGCGACGUGCUCUCGAGGAUCAGAUCAACGCCAACCAGGAGGAGGAGGAGGAGGAGGCAGAGGACCAGGAGCAGCAGCAGCAGCAGCAGCAGCAGCAGCAGCAGCAGGAGGAUCUGCAGGAAGAGUUGGACAGCGAGCAGGGAGCCGUCGGCGGGGAGCAACUGCAUCCGCAGCCAGUCCAAUGA